CCGAGCGGCGGCCGCCACCCGUCGGACCCUCGGAGCGACGUCAUGAAUACGCUCCUGCUUGCCGUGCUGCUGCCGGCCACGGCUGUCCUCCUGGUGGCAGGCUCGCCGUGUCCUGCCGACUGGCGUCAGAGUGGCUCCUGGUGUUACCUCAGCAACUCCUCCAGUUCGAUGAGCUGGGCCGGAGCCAACGCCCUCUGCCAGGAGCAUGGCGGCGCCCUCGCCACCAUCAACAACCGCAGCAAACUGCUGGACGUCGUCGAUCUGCUGAGAGGUCAGUCGGUGAACCAUUGACACAGCGGUGACGCUAUGGUCUGCGGCGCUCGCACCUGAGCUCGCUCUUCUCGGACGUUACCAUGACUCUGUGUCAAUAACUGGUCAGGCAGCUGGCAAAGCGUGCAGUUACACAGCGGCUUAGUUCACCUGUCUAAGCUAUCACUUUAGCUUAGGGAGAUAACCCAGAGACUGUACCACAGCCACUUAAAAUCACGGCAUAUUUAGUUGUCCAGGUGUUGACCUCUCUUGGAACUUAGAUGAAAUGGGCGACGAGUUAAAUGUGAUGCUUUGCGCUUUAAGCUGCAUCUAGUACGAACUGCAAACUGCAAAACAAGCGAUCAUGCAAAACCACAAUGCAGUCGUCUUUUACCGAACGCCGUCGGCUGGGGAGUUGGAAUCGGAAGGUACGGUGCACAGCGUAUACGGCACGGCGCUUGUAAAUAUCACAAAAAUUGCGGCGUCACUCCACCUUCAGGCACUGUCAAUUACAAAGGCGAUUUCCAAGAGUUUGCUUUCCCGAAACUCGGCGCUUCUUGCUCCAAGGCGUGUACAGCUAUGGUAUCAAAGAGAUCAUUGGACCCUGACGAAAUUUAGUUUGCAAUUGGUCUGCAGUAUAGUUGCCUAAGCACCAAGCAAACUGGCCCUCAGGUAAAUCUAACC